AUGGGAGGUGGAAAGGACAAACAACAUGAGUCUACUGACAAAGGGUUAUUUUCAUUUGAUGGUGGAUUUGGUGCUGGACACUAUCCUGGAUCAUACCCUCCGCAAGGAUAUGGAUAUCCCCCACAAGCACAUCAUGGAUAUCCUUCCUCCGGUGGGUAUCCUCCACCUGGAUAUCCUUCCAAUGGGGGAUAUCCACCAGUCGCCUAUCCAAGUGGAUAUCCCCCAGCCGGUUAUCCAGGUCACUCAGGUCCAUAUAAUUCAGGGUAUGGAUCUAGCAUGGGACUGGGAGGGAUGUUAGCGGGGGGUGCUGCUGCUUACGGGGCUAACCAUCUUGCGCAUAGGGGCCAUAGCCAUGGAUAUGGUUACGGCGGGGGUUACCAGGGCUAUGGUGGUUCUCAUGGGAAGUUCAAACAUGGCAAAUUUAAGGGAAAGGGGAAGUAUGGCAAGCCCUUUGGGGGCAAGUUCAAGAAAUGGAAGUGA